GUCACCUGAGAGAGUGAUCUGAGUGAGCCUGCUGGACAGGGCCCCUUAAAAAAAAAUUUGAGAAACUACCAUCUCUACAUGACCAGAGAGUUGGGUUCAAGCUUUGCUUCUUCUUGCUGUCUUGACGAUCCUGUGAUUACCUUUUUACCAAUGAAUGAUCCAAAUCAGCCCAAAGCAUGAAUGCAUUCAAGAGACAAGACCACGAGAGUGUGGCCAGAUCCACGGCCAUUAAAGAUCCGCCACUUCCUGUAUGGGUUACUCACACACCCCCACCGGAUAAUAUCACAAAUAAUGGUGAGGAUGAUACUGACUCCACAGGCCGUACAUCCAGUUCUCCACCUUAUGCUGAGAAAGAGAAUGACAAAAAGGGGAGCCUUAAGAACAGAUUGAAAUCCCUCCUCCCUCAGUCAUGGGGCAGAAAAUGGGCAAAGGAAAGUGACUCUGAGGCCAGCACAACAGGUAUCCAGAUCCUACCCAAUGGGACCAGAGUGAGCCCCCCUGUAAGUCCCUUGGUGGAGCGGCGGAACCUGGCUGAAUCUCUGGGAGGCUCCAGUCAGAGCUCACAUAAGCCUUUGUUAAGAGAGAGUCCCAGUGGUGAUCUGUUUGGUCAGGACCCAGUAGAGGAAUCUCUACUAUCCAGCAUCCACCCUGCAGAGUAUUACGCUGAGAAGGUGGAGGUCUACAAGCAGAAGUACUCUUAUUUGAAAUCAUGGCCAGGGUUGCUCAGGCUUCUGGCUGGACUUCAGCUGCUUUUUGGAGGUAUGGUCUUUGCAUGUGUCAUUGCCUACAUUCAGAAAGACAGUGAAUGGUCCAACAGCUACGGACUCUAUAAUGGUAUAUACAACAAUGGGAUGGGUCUGUCUGGGUACAGCUACAGAGGCCCCAUGACUCCUUUCAUUCUAGCUGUAGCUGGAGCCUCGUGGAUCAUUACCCUGUCUCUCCUGGUGGUGGGAAUGACAAUGUACUAUCGCACUAUACUUCUCGACUCCCCAUGGUGGCCCCUGACAGAGGCCUUCAUCAACGUGGCACUGUUCCUGUUCUACAUGGCAGCAGGGAUAGUUUACCUGAACGACUUGAAUCGUGGGGGUCUGUGCUACAUAACAAUAGGUGUUAACCCCAUCGUGGCCAAUCUGUGUCGGGUUGACGGUGGCCAGAUUGCAGGAACAGCUUUCAUCUUCAUCAACAUGACCAUGUAUCUAGGAAGCUUCCUGGUAUGUCUGAAGAUGUGGAGGCAUGAAGCUGCACGUAGAGAGAGGCAGUAUUUUGAGAACCAGCCCCAGGAGGAGUUUCACCAGUCCAUCCCACUCACUCCAGUAAAACCAAAACGCAUAUCAUUCAAGGAUGAAAUUGAUAAAGGUCUGAAUAAAGAUUAUAUCAACCAGGAUAAACGCCCUCUUGAGGUCUACAAGAGCCCGGUCAGUCUAAGCCCCAAAGUGCACAUCAUUGCAGACUACAUCAUCAAGUAUCCAGAGAUCAGCUGUGUGGAGGAAAGGGACAAAUACAAAGCAGUUUUCAAUGAUCAGUAUCAGGAAUACAAAGACCUUCACAAAGACAUCAGCGCUACUCUCAGUAAGUUCAGAGAGCUGGAUGCCAUGAUGAAACGACUCCCCAGAGAAGCAAAUAGCACAGAGGAGCAACACAGGAUUCAAAGACUUUUAAAGAAGUAUCAGGAGAAAAGGAAUGACCCUGCUUUCUUGGAGAAACAGGAACGCUAUGACUACUUGAAAGCUAAGUUAAGCCACAUAAAAAACAGAAUCCGUGCUUUUGACCAGGAAACCGUGUCAAAUGCUCAGACGUGAAAAAGAGCAGAAAUGUCUGCAGCAACUGAUGAACAGAUGAAACAACACAAUUUUUUAAAAUCUUUGUGUUCCUGUUUUGAGCAACAGACCGUGUUCUUCCUUCUGGACAAAACGGAUUAUUAUGCAUCAUUGUGUAAUCAUAUUAAAUGAGGUCAAAGUUGACACAAAUUUUGUAUUAUGACUUAAUUAAAUUAC